AUGUCAAUUCAAAAUCUACUAAAUCCUAUCACAUCAACACCAACGUAUAUAAAAAUGUCACAGCAAUUUGAUUUCACAAAUCAUUCACAUAGACGUUAUAAUCCUUUGACGAACAGAUUUGUAUUAUGUUCACCACAUAGAGCUAAAAGACCAUGGCAAGGAGCAAAAGAAGAAAUUAAAAAAACUCAGCUACCUGAUUAUGAUCCUAAAUGUUAUUUGUGUCCUGGAAAUAUCAGAGCAACUGGUGAUGUUAAUCCUAAAUAUGAAUCAACAUAUAUUUUUCCUAAUGAUUAUCCUGCUGUUAAAUUAGAUCAACCAGAUUAUAAUGAUGAGGAGGGUGAAACAAACCCACUUAAAAGAAAAUUGUUUAAGACGGAAGGAGUCAAAGGGAAAUGUUUUGUCAUCUGUUUUUCACCGAAACAUAAUCUAACAAUACCAAUAAUGUCACUUCCUGAGAUUGAAAACGUAGUAAAUACUUGGCAGAAUUUAUAUGUUGAGUUAUUACAAGACCUGAUCACCAAGAAAGCACCUUACAAAUAUUUGCAAAUAUUUGAAAAUAAGGGUUUUGCUAUGGGCUGCUCAAAUCCUCAUCCACACGGUCAAGCUUGGUGUUUAGAUAUUAUACCCACUGAAGUACAAGAUGAAAUCACAAAUAUGAAUCAAUAUCAUAAAGAAAAUAAUAGUCAUUUAUUGGGAGAUUACGCGAAGCUUGAGUUGGAAGAAAAACAAAGAAUAGUAUUGGAAAAUGAUUCUUUCAUUGUUGUUGUACCUUAUUGGGCAUUAUGGCCAUUUGAAACAUUAUUAGUUUCAAAACAACAUUUAAAAUCAAUUCAUGAAUUUAAUUCCAAGCAAAAACAAGAUUUAGCUUCAAUUUUGAAAAGAUUGACUACAAAAUAUGAUAACUUGUUCAAUACUUCAUUUCCAUAUUCAAUGGGGAUUCAUCAAGCUCCAUUUAGUAGUGAUUAUUCCGAGGAAUAUGAAUGUUCUUGGUUUCAUAUUCAUUUUUAUCCACCUUUAUUAAGAUCAGCUACAGUGAAAAAAUUUUGUGUUGGAUUUGAAAUGUUAGGGGAAGCUCAAAGAGAUCUAACCAGUGAACAAGCAGCUAGUAGAUUGCAGGAUUUAGAUAGUGAUGUACAUUAUACAAGCUUAAUAGAGUAA